CAAGUACAGCCGUGGGGGCGGGGAUUUGCCUUCGCAGCCAUAGCAGCAACAGCCGGACGUGUAAACAUUACCGCCACUUGUUGCCAAAACUGUACUUUUUAUUCGCAUUUUUACUUCUAAAACGAGAAACGGUGGAAAAAUAGCUGUUCCAAUAUUCCGUUUCAGAGGCCUGACAUGUAGCUGAUAUACGAAAGUUGCUCUUCUAAAUUUAAGAAGUGCAUCCGAGUAGCCAGCUAGUCGCUAAAACAGUAGGGCGGUAUUUAAAUCUCUUUUUAUCCUCAGUUUAUCAGCUUUACAUGACUGUCGCCUUCCAGUGUGCGCUGUUGGUAGCUGAUGCUGGUUAGGCUGACUGACAGGGAAUCGGCGCCGACGUGUAACUGUAUUAAUUCCUGUUUGCCUCAAUCUCUGCACAUUCUCUUAGUGUGUGUUGGACCGUUAUUUCGCUCUGGUGUCUUAUUAGCUGCUAGUCGGUCUUAGACGUCUGAGUUAGUCAGCCUCUGUAAGACCGUGUUAGUUUGAGCUAGUCGGUCUCUGUACUUAAUUAACUCCCGAGGAGAAAUUAGACUGCGUUAGCUCGCGUUACUUUGUGCGCCACCCCCCGAAGUCUCCCCACCGUCGGGAUGACUCGAAGCUGAAGCGGCGGCCUACCAUGGGAACGACGCGCAGAGCCUCGCAUCGGGAUCUCUCGCGCUUUCUGGCCAGCCCGGUGCGCUCGCUUCGCGGUCACACGAGUGGAUUCCUCUAAGUCCGGGAGUCCCGAGUGCCAUGUUCAGCCUCAUGGCUAACUGCUGCAGCUUGAUGAAACGCUGGAAGGAGCCAGCAAGGAAGGUAACAUUGCUGAUGGUGGGACUUGACAAUGCAGGGAAGACUGCUACAGUCAGAGGGAUACAGGGAGAAAACCCUGAGGAUGUGGCACCCACUGUGGGCUUCUCUAAGGUGGACCUCAAGCAGGGGAAGUUUGAGGUAACCAUCUUCGACCUCGGAGGAGGCAAGAGGAUCCGUGGAAUCUGGAAGAACUACUACGCGGAAUCCUACGGCGUGGUUUUUGUGGUGGAUUCCAGCGACAUCCAGCGCAUUCAGGAGACCAAGGACACCAUGGCAGAGGUUCUGAGACACCCCCGCAUUGCUGGGAAGCCUGUCCUUGUACUGGCCAACAAACAAGACAGAGAUGGUGCAUUGGCAGAGGCAGAUAUCAUAGAGCAUCUAUCCCUGGAGAAGCUUGUGAAUGAGAAUAAAUGUCUCUGUCAAAUUGAGCCCUGCUCAGCUGUCAUUGGCUACGGGAAGAAGAUGGACAAGUCCAUUAAGAAUGGGCUAAACUGGCUCCUGAAAAACAUUGCGAGGGACUACGAGGCUAUCAGCGAGCGCGUGGAGAAGGAUACCACAGAGCAGAAGGCUCAAGAGGAGCUGGAGAAGAAGGGGCGAGCGGAGAGAGUCCGGAGAGCUCGAGAGGAGAGGGAUAAACAAGAACGAGACGAGGCUGAAAGGGAGGGGAGGACUGUGCAGACAGGGGAGGAGGAAGAUGGUGCCAGUUUGUCUAACCCUUUCCAGCCGAUUGCUGAUGUCAUCACAGAGAAUGAAAAUAAGCUGAAGAAGCAGAAAGAGCAAGAGGGGGAGGACAUCUCUGAGGGACAGCGGAGCCCCAAUGGAGAGCUGCAGACCUUCAGCAAUCCAGCCAGUCCACAGCAUCAGCAGCUGGAGGAGGAGGAGGAGGAGGAGGAGGAGGAGGAGGAGAGAGAGAAGUUAACUGCAGACAGUGCAGACAGCGCAGCCGAACAAACCAAAAAGAAAGCGAAGAAGCAGUGGCUGAAGCGGAAGCACAGGGUGGACCCCUUAAAAUCGGAAGAGGAAGCCCCUGAGAUGCGAACGCCCCCUCCUCCCCCUCCAGUUGGAUGGGCUACUCCAAAAGCCACUAGGCUUCCCAAACUUGAGCCACUUGGGGACACAAAGCAUUCUGAUUUCUUUGGAAAGCCACUCCCUCCUGUCACUGCCGAUAAGCAGAGGCCUGACAGUGGCCUUCGCAGUGUCAUUCCAUACAAAUGACUGCUCUUUCGUUUUUUUCUUUCAAGCGCGUGGCGUAUAGGGAGGUAUACGGGCAGACUGCACUCUGGGAUUAGCACAGCGCCGCCUGAGCAAGGCUGUACUGACAUGGACCCAUUGCCGACACAGCCAGGUCUUAAUGGAGGACGGCGGCCCGGAUGUACUUCCCGCUGGGGAGGAGAUGCAGGGCUGCAUGUGGAUUGUAGUGGCACCUGAAGUAGCAGCCAGACUUCUACACGCUGGACCUGAAAGCCGAUUGUUUGUAACGGAUUCUUAAAGAACAUGCCAGUUUAUAUUCCCUGAGUUUAUUUUUCAUAAUUAUUUUUUACAGAUAGUAUUUGUACAGCAUUUCUAGAGCUAAAUUUCCACGGGCGGCUGCUUCUUUCCUUACAGCAGUUUCAAACUCACAUUGCUAUGGUCUCAGCGAUUCAAGGUUUAUUAUGUAAGGAAAGUACAGCAAAGUUCUUACUACCAUAGAAAAGCAGUUCAACAUUUGACUUGUAUGGUUAUUUUCCCUUUUUUGAUUAUACUCAUGUCAUAGAAUAUAUUCUGUGCACCAUUUGUGCAACACAAAUCCAAAUAAAAAAAAAAAACUGUAUUUGUCCCCGAGGGGCAAUUAAACCAGCUGAGGUUGUAAAAAUGGCUGUUUUUGUAACACUAAGCUGUAGAUCUGAUCUGGAAUAUUUCAUUUAUACAGUGGUCUAUGUAGAAUUUGCAUAGGAAAUUACUAUAUGCUGUAAACAUUCACAUUAAUACAGUUGUUUCAACAUAACAUGUAGUUCUGACGUAAAAACUAUAACCUGCUAAUUGUUCCCCUUGAAAUCGGAAGCCAGUAAUAUAGGAGAAACUGAACAUUUUACAUAAAUCUCCAUUAUGGUCUCUGAUCAGGAUACAUGGAAUACAUAACAUUGCUGCUUGGAUUUCACUUUCAAUUUUUUUUACAAUACACGUUUUUUGUUUAUACCUGCAUUCACCAUUAAACUGUGUAAAGUGUUUUACAGUUA